AUGAAUCUCAAAAAGAGGAAAUACUCCGAGAACAAAAAACAGAUAGCCAAUGGAUGUAACGAACAAUGUCAAUAUAAGGCCAUUGUCCCGAGGAAAGAGUCACCGUUGCAGCGUAGGUGGAAGCAAGAGUACUAUGAACAACAGUCUCGUCUUCUUCGGUUAUACGAGAAAGACCGAGAAUUGUGCGAGUCCACUGAAGAGCCACAGAAGGAUGAUCGAGAGGAUCAUGUGCUGCUUCACUGUUGUCUUGCUCUUACAAUUUUCUCCUUGAUCGGAAAUCUCGUUGCAUCCGUUCUAUCUGGAUCACUUUCUAUUUUGAGUACUUUUGUGGACUCGAUGAUGGAUCUUAUGUGUAGCGGAGUGAUGAAUGUGUGUCUUCGCCUCAUAGGGAAGGCCGACACCUUUAAUUAUCCAAGAGGGCGGCAACGGCUGGAAUAUGUUGGAGUAUUGAUAUGUGCGAUUCUGAUGGCUUUCGCUAAUGUAAUCAUGGCUAUGCAAGCCUACAACAAUAUUGCCGAUAAAUCUAGUAAGCCUGAAAUGACAUUGCUGACAGUGGUAAUCAUUGGAGUUCAAACCAUGCUGAAGGCUCUGUUGUCAUGGAUCUGUUAUCGACAUGGUUCUCCUUCUUCAAUUGUCAUAGCAAUGGAUUUGAGAAAUGAUGUUGCCACAAGAGUGUCUGCCGUCAUAUUUGCAUACAUUGGAGACGAGUAUUGGAGACUUGCGGAUCCAAUAGGAGCGAUUCUUUUAUGCCUUUCAUCCAAGCCUUUCAUUCCUCCUGCAUCGAAACGUUUGUACCAAAUUUCUUUGGGUGGACAAGAACUCUGGUGUUACAUGUGGCUUCGCUCCGCAAAUCAUUUGAGCGAAGCAAGUUCACAAUGUAUUUCAUUCAUAAAAAGCACAACCAUAGCCAUAUCAUGGUUUCGUCACGCGUUAGAGUACAUUCCACAUUUGGUAGGGAAAAGGGCAGAACAAGAAGAACUCAGCAGAAUCCUCAAAAUUGCUAUUGAUCACGACUCUAACAUAAGGUGUUUGGAUCACCUGGUGGUGUAUCAUACAGGAGCGAAAGCACUCGUUGAACUACACGUUGUAAUGGAUGAAAAGCUGCCAUUGAAGAUUACUCACGAUAUCUGUCAUCCGCUCGAGAAGAAGUUGCAGCGUCUAGAAUUUGUUGAGAGGGCAUUCGUUCACUGUGACUACUCCUGUGAUGGGGAUUAA